AUGUAUAGCCGAGUUCCCCAGCCAAAUGCAGUCAAGACUCAACAAAAGUUCAAUUCAGGACAUAGUAGCUGGGGAGCGUCAUUCUUGCUUGUCAAUGACUUCGAUAAUACCGAAGGUUAUCUGGUGAACGACUCAUGCAUCGUAGAAGCUCGAGUAUCUGUCUCAGACGUUGCUUUUAAGAUUCCAGACAACUUUACCAAAAUCACUGACCAAACACAAGAGGAACAAGCAGAAACAGAGGAAUCCACAGAACUACAGCCUGAAGAUCAUCAAAGCAGUUAUUCCUCGGAUGGGACGCCACGUUUCAAAUCCUUUGAUGAAGGAUCAUGGAAUCAGUCAUGUAAAACAGAAUCAGGAAAACAAGACAUUCUAGGGGCACCAGGAGAGACAACAAGUCCUAAACCAGCGCAUUAUGAGCCAACUGCCCCACCUCUGUAUCCUUGUGUAGAUGAAUCACCUGUGGAAAUACCCUUAACCCCUCUUAAUGAUCUUAUAGAUUAUAGGAGUUUAAAGCCAGAAGAAGUCGGUUUUGUUCUGUUACUAGAGGAUGUUUGUUCAAGGUAUCCCUCACUGAUAGAGAGCCAAAAGAAGAGAAGUCCUAAGUUCAGACACUGGGCAUUCAUAGCUUUAGGCCAAGUUCUAUAUUUUCUGGAGACAACGAAGGCAAAAAAGGUGGAUGAAUCUGCUUGCAACUACCUUCAAGGUCUAUGGGAAGAAGUUCAGUUAUUUGGAUUUGACUUGACGUGGUUGGAGCCUCAUGUGCAGUAUGCGUUGGGAAUGAAAGAUUAUUUGGAAAGAGCGGACAAAGUGAGAAAACUGAAGAACGAGGUGAUUGCUUUAGAGAAUGAAAUGAAGAGGCUGAGAGCAAGUUUGGCUGUUACAGAAGUUGACCUCAAUAUAGAAAGAAGACACUUGAGAGAGGAAGAAAAAGGAUUUGAGGAGAAAGACAUGGAUGCUGUAUUAGGCUGUGGCAUAUUUUAA